UUUGUUUUUAAUGACAAAUGAAUAUUAUGAAAUUAUAUCAUGGACUUGGUGUAUAUUUCUAUUUACUUUUACGAAUUAAACCGAAUGUGAGACGAGAUCUAAGGCGGAAGUUGCGACUGCAAGACAAAGUUCUGGGCGAAGAAUUUCUCCCUUAGUCCCCUUAACCCGCCAAAAUUAGAAGAUAAAACACAAAUGCCGUGUCGUGUAGUUUCGUCGUCUGAUCGUACUCUACUUUUCAAGACAUAAUUCAACAGUAAACUGUCGCUUGAAAAUUUAAAUAGUCUUAAUUUUGUCCGUCAAAGGUUUUCGAAAUGGCGACGUGGAGCGACGUCGAACUCCUGUCAAGUGAGGACACCAACAAUCUGAAGUAUUUGAGCAGUGACCCUAAAGAGGACAGCGGCAACGGCUUGUAUCAGGUGGACACUCUUGUCAAAAUUUCCACCGCUGAUGAGGUUCUAAGAGGCCCUCGUUUCUCCUCCUCUGGUGGUUCCAACUGGAGCGUCGUUGUUGUUGACAAGACGGUUAUCCUAUUUGACCAGACCUACCAGAGUGUCCGUCUGCUUCUUCAUUUUGAAACUGAUGUAAAUGCUAUUGGCAUUUGUCUGGAUGGACAGUUUCUGUUGGUGUGUGAAGGAAAUGGAAAUCUUCAUCUGAUCUAUGUCCCACAGAAAACAAUCCUUCUCACCAGGACUUUGGUCGAGAAGCCAUCUCAUAGAGACAAGAAAACAUAUUUAUAUCUCAUCAUCGAAGAGGACAAGGCAUCUUUAGGGAUGUAUCAUGUGCUUCUUGUCAUUAAUGAUGGUUUUUUUCACAUUACAAACCUUGCUUUGGCAAAGAUUGAAACAGCCAUUGAAAAAAUGGACCUGUGCAUGUUGACAGAGCUUCAGAAUCUCAUCAAGAUAGAUUUCUACUCCACCAAGGAUUACCAUGAUGAAGGCUGCAGCACAGCAGUGAUGUUCUGCCUGGACCAGGAAAUCUACGUAUUGAUUGGGGGGGACAAAGACAAUGCUAUAACUCAGUGGUCAGUGGACCACCAUCAGGCUAAGAUGUGUCUGGUUCAUUCUGUUGACAGAAGCCUAAUUCCAGGUGUAAGAAAGAUGGUGGUGGCGGAAAAUCUCUUGUAUGUUCUUGACACAGAGGAUGUUCUAAGUCUGUGGGAUAUGCAUCUCCUGGUCAUGAUUGCCUGUUGGCCUGAUAUGGCCAUCCAUGAUUUUGUGCUCGCAACAGAAUGUGGCUCCACCUCCAGACAGGACACGGGCAACAUGAAGAUGAUUGCACUGAGUAAAAAGGACAGCAGUCAGAUCAGCAGACUGCAAAUCCGACUUUUGCCCUCCAUGACUCUUUGCUACUCUCUGGAUGUAUCAUCGGUGUCUUGUCUUGUUCAGACACAACUAAACGUGGACACAUUCUAUUUAGUUGAAGGGAUUUGUCUGAACCAUGAAAGUGAGGCGCAGGACAUGUCUGUUGUUGUAAGAUGCUUCACAGAGGCCCUGCCUGAAAACAGAUUCAGCAGACUCCUGCACAAACGCAUGUUUGAAGAGGCUGAGAAGUUUGCCAUCACAUUUGACCUGGACUUGGAGCUGGUUUACAAGGUAAAGCUUGACUUUGUGCUGGAGCAGCUGGCCUCUGGAUCAGUGGGUGGUUAUGGACAGGAACUGUGGUCUGAACUUGUGGAUGAAGCCAAGACGAACCUGAAGAAAAUCACAGAUGAGCAGUACAUAGUUGAAUACUGCCUCAAAGCUCCGUGGCCAACCUUUGACACAGCAGAGACAAUGCUUAACCACGCUGCCUCACAGUACUCCUCCCUACAGAUCCAUGAGGCCUUGGCCAGACUGGCAACAUUCUGUAGCCUUUAUAGCACAGAGCAUUUCAAUAGCAUUGCCUGGAUUGAAUUUCUAAACAGUACUGACAGACUAGGAGAUGUUCUGACUUACCUUAGAGAGGGAGACCUUAAUGGUGCUCAACUCCUUUGGCUCAGAUUUGAGGGAGAAAUUGCAUCAGAGUUUGACAAGCAAAAACUGGAAACCCUUCUUUGUGCUAUUCCGGAGGAUGUCCCAUCCGAACACCUGUGCCCAUGGUUUGGGAGAGUUUUUGUUCCUUUUGUGAGGAGAGUGCUACCUACAGAACAGAAAAUCCUAGCAAGAUGGAUAGCGCAGAGGGCCAGGAACUUGGAGCUGAUGGAAAGGGCUGCUUGGCCUCAGAAUGGGCUGGACUUGGCUGUUCUCGGUCUGCCUUCUUUAUGGACGUGGAAAAAAUCAGAUGAAAGCUAUGGCACAGAAGACAUCGAAAACCUCAGGUCACUGGUGUCUAACCUCCGUCAGCUGCUGGACCUCCUCCAUAAAUAUGGCUGCAGGAUUAAACUGUCAGACUUUGAGAAGGGGAAUAUCCGCAGCAUUGCAAUCUCCAUGCUGGACAAAGUGAAAGCACCUGAGCUCAUUGCUGCAACAGUGGAGAACAGCAUCCUACCCUAUGCUGAAGACCAUGACAUUUUUCUGGAUGAACUGCUGCUACAGUAUAUCAAGGAUCUACUGCAGCACUGCAGCUAUCAGACCACUACACUUUUUGCUGAAUGGGAGGCCAAAGCAGUGGCUGUACUGGGCAGCAUGACGGAUAUGGAUCUGAUGGUGGACGCUGUCCUAGAGAUCAUGCAGAAAGCUGUGGUACCUUGGAGUAAUGCGGUGGAAAACCUGGUGCAGCAGUACCUUGAGAUGGAUGGACCAAAACAAGAGCUUUUGAAGGAAAGCUAUCAUCUGAUGGAAGUAAGGAAACUACUCCGGGGCUAUGGAAUCCGCAGCUUCAACCUGUCUGACAGCAGUAAGAUUAUGACACUGAUUAGAUACAUCCUGAAGCAAGAAUUGCCAAUGUCUUUGGGGGAUGCUCUGAAACUGGGUGAAGCCUACAAUCUCUCAACAUCUCAGAUAAAUUAUCUGUAUCUUGUCCAGCUCAUUGGUCAUGGCAAGAUUAAAGAAUGUAUGGCCAUCCUGAAGAAACUGUCAUCUUCAGAGGCAAAAUUGGUUAUAGAACGUCUUACCUCGUGGGCCAGGCUGCAGUUGGAGAAAAAAGUGCACACAUCUGAGGAGUACAAGAAACAGCAGAUGUUGGUAACUCAGGUGAUGGUGGAGGCACUGAAGUACUUGCAAGUCAUCCAAAAACAAGAUAUUCUCAAAAUCAUGGAGUGUGAGAACAACCUUGCCAUGUUUAAGGAGAUCGCCCACCUUCAGGACUUUGAUGUAUUCAUCACUCCCUCUAACUUUGAGGAUCCAGAAAUCAGAAAACAGAUCAAGGAGCUUCAUCUCACAACCUACGAAAACACACGAAGGCGCCAGUCAUCCAAAAGGAAAGCUACGACUAAUUCAGUCGUGGCUAAUGAUCCGCACGGCAAAAUAAAAACUAUUUCAACUGAGGCCGGUCUGCAUCGUCUGGGAAGACAGCUGCAGCACACAGAGCAGGAGCUCUGGUCUGAGUUGGCCCUAAGAGCUUUGGAAGUGGGAAAGGUUGACAAGGCUCUGAAGAUCCUCAGUGAGCUGUAUGAGCAUCAUUAUAACACCAACACUGGGACGGUUAUGUUUACUGCUGCAAAGAUCCUCUGUCAGAUGCAGGAGGUUGACACGUCAAUGGUGAUUUCUGAAAACACUGACUUAUCUGCAGUCAUCCACAAUCUGGCCUGUCAGGCCAUCACUGUGUGCCAUCCAGAUUUGCUUCUGGACUGUCUGGAGCUCUGCAAGUGUACAAGGAUGGCCAUGGAUGUCUAUCAUCAGUGUCAGUUAUCGGAAGACCAUGGGUUCAUUGCUGAGGAUUUGAAUAUGGAGUCAGAGAAAGGUCCAUAUUCUCAGUGGAUUUUUCAGGAUGUUUUCAAAGAGGAUUGUAUCGUCCUAGAUCCAAUGUCCGUGCUUCCUGUUCAGUAUGAAAUUACAAACUGCCUGCUUCCCAUUUCUCGAGAUGACAAACUUCAACCACUGGACUGCUCCUGUCUGUCACACUGCUCAUUUGCAGACGGUUCGAAUUAUCUGAAGCCUCUUCUGGGUCCCUUGGCCAACAUGCUGCAGAUGUUGCAGGAGUGCACUCAGCUUGAACUUGCCUUCAGAGUGUUGGUCAAUGCCUAUGGCAGCUGUGUACAACAUGUCACCUCUAAUGUUAUGGACAUUAAGCUUAGUAUCCUGCUUUAUGAGACCCAAGACCUUGAGAAUUAUCACUUAUACCUUAAUGAGAUCCUUAAGUCGACAACAUCCUCUCUAGAUACUGUGUCUGUGGCCCUUUUGAACAAAGUAUUUCAUUGGAGAGUGGUUGAUUGCGAAUUUGCCUUAGGACUCUGUACACUUGUUUCGAAAGAUGAUGUCUUCAAAAUACUUUGGAAAGUGAUUGACAACACCUGGAAAAACUAUGACAGAGUUUUGGCUGUGGCCAAAGUGGGAGCCAACCUUUGCAGUUUAUACAACGAGGCUGAAGAACUUGAGAAGUUUCUCUCUGUCAUCACUGAUGCACAGUGGGGCAUCCAGCUUGGAAAAUUGGAUAUCUCUAUCCAGCCAGUGUUCCGUCAGGAGCCUGAAAUGAAGCGUCAUCUAAUUCCUGUUCUGCUGAAGAACAAGAAGAUCACUCCAGACAUUUUUUUCCAGUACUGCAGCACCUUUGGUUUGGCUUGUGAUAGUGUCUUCAGUCAGUAUAUCACCACUGUACUGCUACUCCAAGAGGAUGAAGAAGGUGUGGCUAAUGAAGGAACAGGACAGGAGGAGAUGCAGCCUUUUUGGGAUGAAGACAUACUGAAGCGAGUGAUACAAAUCAUUCCAUUGUUGCAAAGCACCAGCCAGUUCAUUGAUAGUCUCGCUGCUGCCUUAUUUAAGCUGAACCCUUAUAACUACGAGAAGAUUGAGGUAGUGCUUAAGAUCAUAGAGGCCGUGGAUGACAGUGUGACUGCCUUCUCUAUAACCCAGGCCACAGCCCUUCUUCAACAUCUGAAAUCCUACAAACGAGUGGCUCAACCUUCAGGCGUUGAGAACAUGUAUCUCCUGGAGAACAACCUCCUGCCAAACCACUUGUCCAGUAGCAGACUGCCCUUCCACCUACUGAUGCAGACCAAACAUUACUGGAAGAUUAUCAUACCUGAGCUCAGCGAGGAGACUUAUCACACACUUCUACUGAUCAGCAAAUUGAUGAAGGUGAGCAUUGACAAGUUAAACAUGUCAGCAGCAAACAAUGUGUUUGAAAGGAAGAUGAAGCCAUUGCUCUUAGAGCAGAGGAAAAACGACAGGGAGACCAUAAAGGUGGCAAAGACCGUGAUGAAAUACAUCCACUGCAUUCAGAGCCCAGAGUGGGCAGUGGCCACAGCCCACAAAAUUACACAGGAACUACCACCAGGUAAAGAGAAAACCCAAUCACUCAGGUUCUGUUUGAGGCUUGCAGAAACAUGGCUGAAUAAUCCAAACCUUGAGGAGUCGGCACGGUCCAGAGUAGAGACCUUCCUUUCCAAACUGAAGCCGCAGUUUCAGCGUUCAGCCACUGUGAACAUGUUGAUCAACAAUAAGCUGAACAGCCCUGAGAAUCUGAAAUUGUCCGGGAUGCCAGCUCCACUCAUCAUGGCCCUUUACGAGCACAGCAGUGUGGAGCAGCGCUACAGAGCGUCAGGAGGUCAAACUUAUCCUGAUAUCCACAUGGUGGUGAAAGAAAUUGCAGCUGCCAACAAUGUGAAUCUGAUGAAAAUUCGGAACAUGAUGUUGGAGAAGUGGAUUUGUAAAACAGACUGUGCUGUUACCAAGGACAUAGUUAAUCAAGAAUGUGUCGGAAGUAUUGAAGAAGAUCCAGACUUAAUGAGAGUGGUUUACAUGCUGAGCCUGUAUCCCAUGGAUGAAGUUCUCAGACUGUUGAGUCCAAUACUGUCAGCAGAAACCUGGCCACUCAAUGACUCUAACCACCACCUGACCUUAUGCCAUCGGACACGAGCGUUGCUUUGUCUCAUUCAUCUUGUUGACGCCGAGACUCUGGAGGCUCAGUUACAGAUCCCCAGGACCAAGAUCCAAUAUUAUGUGACGUCCCUCAUCUUUGUCUCUCGCCUGGAAGCCUUAAGCAUCCCAUACACAGUUCAGUCCUUCCUAGGUAGUCCUAAAGAGGCUUUAAUCAAAGGGCUAUGGAAGAAUCACAGUCAUUUGCCUCAGGGGGUGCAUUUGGUGGCUGACCUGUGUCUGGAAUAUCAGGUCUAUGACCAUCAGCUGUGGAACAGUCUCCUCCAUAAGAUGCUCAGCUUCAACUUGAUCAACCACCUCCAGAAGGUGUUGGUGGCCCUUGUAGCUGUGCCUGCUCUAUGGGAGAUUACCAGUUUCUCCAGGACCUGGAAGAGUGUGAUACUAGCACCAUUUGCCUCAGCUUCUGUUCCUCUGAGUCCAGAUCAACAGGCCACUCUUUACAGGACGUUUGUUUUUCUUCUCAAAUACCCUUUCCUGUUAGAUUUGGAUCUGAUAGGAAUUGCCAACCAUUUUGCACAGUUCAAUCUGUCUGCAUUUGCCCUGGGAACUCUCCUCCUCAUUCCCUGUGCCAGUAAGAAAGAUCAGCAGAUCAAGGGCUUCCUCUCUGUUUGCAACCCACUCAGUGUUCUUGACCAGGUGGACGAACUCAUGAACACUGGUGAACUGGCUGGAAUUCCCUCACAGGUUAGAGACAGAGUAUUAUCUUUUGUCAACCAAAGUGGACAACGACAGAAACUGAUGAAGACCAAACAUUUCAAGCAUCUGGAACAGCUUGUGGUGUCCAAUGAUCAACCAAACCAGGGAAAAGACCUGGUGGGCCAGAUCAACUAUAACUUUCAGGACGAUGCAGAUUCACUCACAAAGAGAGCAUCUAAAGAUACCCUUUCCUGUUAGAUUUGGAUCUAACUGCCUGAAGGUAACUCAAACUGCUGCUAUCAUUUAACACCAGCAGUGUUAUAUAACAGCAUUAAGAACACAUUUCUUGUUAUUACAAUGCAGACUUGUAAUUGUGCUUUGGUUUUAAUUUUAGGAAUUUCUCAAUGUGAAUUCUGAAUGGAGUUGGAUGGACUGACACACCACCCCAUUAAUAUCACCCUGCUUUGUUUGUCUUUGGGCCAUAAUGCACUGUUUGUACAUAUUUACUCUUAACAUUUGUAACCCAAUUUCUGAUGUAAAAUUUGAAUAAAUAUUUCAGCAAUGAGA